ACCGUAAUCGUGAAGAUUGAGUGACUGUCUCUCUCUCUCUCUUCCUCGUCCCCUUCUCUCUCCUCUCUCAUGGCUGCCUAGGGUGUAUUUUCCCUAGGUUUACAUUCUGUAUCUUUUUUCUCAGUGAUAUUCUCAUCAGUUUGAGUGCGCAUUCAACUAUGUCUCCUCAUGGGAAGAAGCUAAUUAACAAUCCAAAUGAUGUGGUAACUGAGUUCAUUGAGGGCUUAGUGGAAACUUGUCCUGGUUUGCAAUACCUAGAUGGCUUUCCUGAGGUCAAGGUUGUGUUACGUGCUGAUGUUUCAAGUGGGUCAUAUGAGAAGGUUGCUGUGAUUUCAGGGGGUGGAAGUGGCCAUGAGCCAGCUCAUGCUGGGUUUGUGGGGCCAGGAAUGCUGACAGCAGCUAUUUGUGGCAACGUUUUCACCUCUCCUACGGUCAAUUCUAUAUUAGCUGGGAUUCGAGCUGUGACUGGUCCCAAGGGAUGUCUUCUGAUAGUAAAGAAUUAUACAGGGGAUCGAUUAAACUUCGGUUUGGCAGCAGAGCAGGCAAAAGCAGAAGGAUACAAAGUUGAGACUGUUAUUGUUGGGGAUGAUUGUGCUCUUCCACCUCCUCGUGGGGUGGCUGGACGCCGAGGUUUAGCAGGGACUAUAUUUGUCCACAAGAUUGCUGGAGCUGCUGCUGAUGCUGGGCUUUCCCUUGUUGAAGUUGCGGCAGAAGCCAAGCGUGCAUCUGAAAUGGUGGGAACAGUGGGAGUAGCUCUCUCUCUUUGUACUUUGCCAGGUCAGGUCACAUCUGAUCGUUUGGGUCCAGGAAAGAUGGAGCUUGGUCUUGGAAUUCAUGGAGAGCCUGGAGCAGCUGUUAUUGAUCUUCAACCAGUGGAUGUGGUCGUAUCACUUGUUCUCAAGCAGAUAUUGUCAACGGAAGCACACUAUGUACCUAUCACUCGUGGGAGUCGAGUUGUACUCAUGAUUAAUGGAUUAGGUGCCACACCAUUAAUGGAGCUAAUGAUUGCAUCUGGGAAGGCUAUUCCACAAUUACAGCUCGAACAUGGACUUGCUGUGGAUAGAGUGUACACGGGAUCCUUCAUGACCUCUCUCGAUAUGGCAGGGUUCUCAAUUUCUGUUAUGAAGGCAGAUUACUCCAUUUUGCAGCGUCUGGAUGCCCCAACUAAGGCUCCAUGCUGGCCUGUUGGUGCUGAUGGAAAUCAUCCACCUACAAAAAUUCCUGUUCCAGUACCUCCAUCUCGAUUGCACCACGAUGAGCCUUCAAGUCGUCCUCAAGAGUUAAAUGAGCAAGCUCAUAUUCUUGAAGCUGCUAUUGAGGCAUCAGCGAAUGCAGUCAUCAAUCUUCGGGAUGUUUUAAAUGAAUGGGAUAGCAAAGUAGGAGAUGGCGAUUGUGGAACAACAAUGUUCAGAGGUGCAACAACCAUACUUGAGGACAUGAAGAAGCACUAUCCCUUAAAUGAUGCUGCUGCAACCGUUAAUGAGAUAGGAUGUUCUAUUGGAAGGGUGAUGGGAGGAACCAGUGGAGUCCUAUAUGAUAUAUUCUGCAAGGCAGCAUAUGCAAAGUUGAAAGAGAAACAAUCCUCUACCGUUACACCCAAAGGAUGGGUGGAUGCAUUGGAAGCUGCAAUUGGUGCUGUUAGCAAGUAUGGUGGUGCUUCAGCAGGUUAUAGAACAUUACUGGAUGCUCUUAUUCCAGCAUGUGGAGCUCUCCAAGAGAGGCUUGCCGCAGGGGAUGAUCCUUUGACUGCAUUUGUCCUUUCUUCUGAAGCAGCAAUAACUGGUGCAGAAUCUACCAAAAAUAUGCAGGCUCAGGCCGGACGCUCAACCUACAUCACUGGCGAUGUACUAUCUACUGUGCCAGACCCUGGAGCCAUGGCUGCCGCAGCAUGGUACAGAGCAGCUGCACUCGCCUUGCAGAACUGCCUCCAAAAGCCAUGAGAGAGAGAGAGAGAGAGAGAGAGAGAGAGAGAAUACGGACAUGAGCUAGAGAGAUUUAAUUUCUGAGUUCUCCGUUUUUGUUUACAAUAUGGCAAAAUUUUGAUGAAACGUGAACACGCAUUGGUUUUCCGCUUCUGCUAUGUGAAUGCAUGAGCUUAGAAAGCGAGUUUCUGCGGGUUCAUUCAUCUGUGUUAGUGGACUGUGAUACAUAUUUUGUAGAGAGACUGAGAAAGGGUUGAAAUUUCAUCUUGAAAAUGGAAUAUAGUGAACGCCAAACACUUCUUUUCGUGUGCUACAGUUUGGCCAUGAAAAAAGUUUCUUACAUAUUAUAUGAUGUACUUAGUGCUAUCUAGGUUAUUUUUGUGGGAAAAGGAUUGUAUACAAUGAAACUGUGUACUUUCGAUACAAGGUCACAAUUACUUAUAAUCAUUU